UACACACGCAGAGCAGCAGUGAGCUCUCGCCGGGCGCUGUGGCGUGUGCCUGUAAUCCAGCUACUUGGAGGCUUGGGCUGUCGGAUCGCUUGAGUCCAGGAGUUCUGGGCUGCACUGAGCUAUGUCGAUCGGGUGUCCGCACUAAGUUCGGUAUCAAUAUGGUGUUCCUGGGGGAGCCUCGGAUCACCAGGUUGCUCUAAGGAGGGGUGAACCGGCCCAGGUCGGAAACGGAGCAGGUCAAAACCCCCGUGCCGAUCAGUAGUGGGAUCGCGCCUGUGAAUAGCCGGUGUAGAACAGCCUGGACAACACAGCGAGACACAGUCCUUUUUUGCUUUAAACAAUAAACCACUUAAUCCUUCAUCUGUUUAAUGCUUAUGUUUAGUUGGUCAAUGUAAAAAAAAUCCUUUUGUCUUGGGCACAUUUCUACUGGAGCAAUGUAUGCCUUCAUAUCUGUAGGACUUGUACCAUUUAUUGUAUAUUUCUUCACUGGAUUUUUCCAUAACAAUAGCUGCUUUAAUAAUGUUUUAUCAAUGUGUGAUUCAGAAUUCCUGUAUGCCUUACGGUGCCUCCACUGCCUCCUACUGGGCGCAACGAAUAAAUGUUGCUGGGAACAUGUGCUCUGCUAGCUGUUGUCUGUAGUAGUCGCUGUUUGCGGACAUUAGCAUUUCACGGAUUUGAUCCGCUAGGCUUGCCGUAGCUAUGUGCGCAUGCGGUAAUGGGACUUCGGCUUUGAGUUUCUCAGCGCUUUCCUGUGCGAAGGUUGCGCUGUUGUCGAAGAAAAAUGAAGAGCAGAUUCAACACUAUAGAUAUCCGGGCUGUCAUCGCGGAGCUAAGUGACAGCUUGCUGGGACUGCGUGUACACAAUGUGUAUGAUGUGGACAAUAAGACAUAUCUCAUCCGGCUUCAGAAGCCAGACUCAAAAGCCGUACUACUAGUUGAAUCAGGGAUUAGAAUUCACACUACAGAAUUUGAGUGGCCCAAGAAUAUGAUGCCGUCCGGAUUUGCAAUGAAGUGCCGUAAGCAUUUAAAGUCUAGGAGGCUGGUAAGCAUUAAACAGCUAGGUGUGGACAGGAUUGUGGAUUUCCAGUUUGGUUCAGAUGAAGCUGCCUAUCAUCUCAUUGUGGAGCUGUAUGAUCGGGGCAACAUUGUCCUUACAGACCAUGAAUAUCUAAUUUUAAACAUCCUAAGGUUUCGAACAGAUGAGGCAGAUGAUGUAAAAUUUGCAGUUCGAGAACAUUAUCCUAUAGAUCAUGCCAAAGCUCCUGAACCGCUACUCAGUGUGGAAAAACUAAAGGAAAUCCUAGAGAAAGCACAGAAGGGUGAUCAGUUGAAAAGAGUUCUUAAUCCACAUCUCCCUUAUGGUGCUACUCUGAUUGAGCAUUGCCUGUUAGAUACAGGACUUUCCAGCAAUGUCAAGGUUGACCAGAUUUCUGGACCUGAAGAUUUGGAGAAGGUGCAUACUGCACUAAGAAAGGCAGAGGAAUACAUGGAUGUAACACAGCACUUUAAAGGGAAGGGUUUUAUAAUUCAGAAAAGAGAGAAAAAGCCAAGCUUGGAGCCUGACAAACCCUCUGAAGAUAUAUUCACGAAUGAAGAAUUCCAUCCUUUUCUAUUUGCACAGCAUUGCAACAACACUUAUAUUGAAUUAGAUUCCUUCAAUAAGGCUGUUGAUGAGUUUUUUUCAAAGAUGGAAGGCCAGAGGAUUGAUCUAAAGGCUCUGCAACAGGAAAAGCAAGCCUUAAAGAAAUUAGAAAAUGUCCGGAAAGAUCAUGAGGAACGCUUGGAAUCACUCCAGCAUGCACAGGAUGCUGAUAAAGCCAAAGGAGAGCUGAUUGAAAUGAACUUGGAUAUUGUAGACCGAGCUAUUCAGGUAGUACGCAGUGCUUUGGCCAAUCAGAUUGACUGGAAGGAGAUUGGACUCAUAGUAAAAGAGGCACAGAUCCAAGGAGAUUCAGUUGCUCUUGCAAUCAAAGAACUGAAGCUGCAAACAAACCACAUUACCAUGCUGCUUAAAAACCCAUAUACACUUUCUGAAGAGGGGUCAGAAGAUGAAGAAGAGGAAAAAGAGGAAGAGCCAAAAGGAAAAAAGAAAAAAUCGAAAAAUAAGCAGCCAAAGAAAGUGCAAAAGAAUAAACCUGUGUUAGUGGAUGUAGACCUCAGCCUGUCUGCUUAUGCCAAUGCUAAAAAAUAUUACGACCACAAAAGACAUGCAGCCAAAAAAUCACAGAAGACAAUAGAAGCUGCAGAGAAGGCAUUUAAAUCAGCAGAGAAAAAAACCAAGCAGACCCUGAAGGAGGUGCAGACUGUUAGCACCAUUCAGAAAGCCAGGAAGGUGUACUGGUUUGAGAAGUUUCUGUGGUUUAUUAGCUCUGAGAAUUAUCUGGUCAUUGCUGGAAGGGACCAGCAACAGAAUGAACUGAUUGUAAAGAGGUAUUUAAACCCAGGUGAUGUGUAUGUACAUGCUGACCUCCAUGGAGCUACUAGUUGUGUCAUCAAAAACCCCACAGGAGAGCCAGUGCCACCACGUACUCUGACUGAGGCGGGCACCAUGGCUGUGUGUUAUAGCGCUGCUUGGGAUGCUCGUGUUAUUACUAGUGCCUGGUGGGUCCAUCACAAUCAGGUGUCAAAGACUGCUCCUACUGGAGAAUACCUGACUACAGGAAGCUUCAUGAUUAGAGGCAAAAAGAAUUUUCUCCCACCCUCUUAUUUGAUGAUGGGCUUCGGCUUUCUGUUUAAGGUGGAUGAACCAUGUGUUUGGAGACAUAAAGGAGAGCGUAGAGUAAAACAGCUGGAUGAAGAUAUGGAAAGCGUUACUAGCAGUAACACAGAGUUAGCUGCAGAAGAAAACAUACCUCUAGAUGCUGCAGAGGAAGACAGUAAUAGCAGUGAAGAGGAUGAGAAGUUGGACACUCAAGAAGAACAGAGAGGUCCUUGUACUGAUUCCAUGGGCCUUGAACAAAAGGAGUAUAUGGUGCCUGCAGACCAAAACAGUGAUCAGGAAAGUAGCAAUUCUGAAGAAAAUAGCACAAUAAAAGAAGAGGCUGAAAAAGAACUGAGCUACCCUGAUACUGCCAUUGACUUGUCUCACCUGCAGACAAAGAGAACAUUGAGCAAAGCAGCACCAGCAGAGCUAGUCGAUACACCUUUAGAGAAUGAGAAGUCUUCUGGUCGAAAACAUAUGUCUGCUAAGGAAAAAAGGGAGUUGAAAAAAAAGAAGAAGCCUAAUGAUAAAGAUGAAUUCCAACCAUCAGAACAAAAAGAAACAGAUGAUAAAAAGGAUGUGGCAGAUUCCCAGAGUGCACCUCAAGCCAGCACAGGCAAUCAGCCCAUGAAGAGAGGCCAAAAGAGUAAACUGAAGAAGAUUAAGGAGAAGUACAAGGAUCAGGAUGAGGAAGAUCGGGACCUGAUAAUGCAGCUGUUGGGAUCAGCAGGAUCAAAUAAGGAAGACAAAGGAAAGAAAGGCAAAAAAGGCAAAAUGAAGGAAGAACCAGUAAAAAAACCACCCCAGAAGGCAAAGGGAGGAGGCCCAAGGCCUGUUAAAAGGGAAGGCCCAGCGGAUGUGUUUCUAACUGAGGACCUUCAUGAAAUGACAUUAGAGGAACAGCAGGAAGACAAGGAGGAAGCUGAUCAAGAUCCACAGGGGACUGAGGAAGCUGAAAACCUGCUGGAUUCUCUGACCGGACAGCCACAUGGAGAGGAUGUGCUUCUCUUCUCCGUACCAGUCUGUGCUCCUUAUACCUCUAUGACCAAUUAUAAAUACAAGGUAAAGUUAACUCCGGGAACCCAUAAGAAGGGAAAAGCUGCCAAAACAGCAUUAAACAGUUUCAUGCAUUCCAAAGACUCAACAGUAAGAGAAAAAGAUUUACUGCGCAGUGUCAAGGACACAGAUUUAUCACGGAACAUGCCUGGAAAGGUUAAAGUGUCUGCACCAAAUCUGCUAAACACAAAGAAAAAGUGACAAUAUGUAAAUACAAUACUUCCUGCCCAAGCUUGAUCUGCUGAUGGAAUUACCAUUGAAUUGACUAUCAUAAUAUUUUUUUAAAUUAUAUUUAGGUUUUAAAGUCAUAUAUGGUGUUCUUCAUUUUGUAAUUGAUUUGUAAAAAAUAACAUUAAAGCAAAGUGUUCUUGCUUUGCAUGAUUCCAAAAUGCUUUUUUCCCCCCAAACAAUAUUACAGAACACAGGAGAAUAGAGUAAAUGAGUAAUAUAAAAUAGAGUUAAGUUGUUGUUAUAACAAAUGUAACAUCAGUUUGACAAUUGACAUACAGCAUGUUGUAAACUGGCACUUUAAUGAAUUUGGAAUACAAAGUUACUCCAAACUUAUUGUUUAAAACAAUUUGACAAGUUGGUAUACGUUUUUGGCAUUAUUAAACUUACUUGCAUUAAAAAAAAAAAAAAAAAAAAAAAA